UAUUGUCAUGGUUCAUGUGUAGGUAUGAGAGGGAUUAUUGAUUACACCAACUAUGAUGAUAUGAAGUACGCGAUACGGAAACUUGAUGAUUCUCUGUUUCGCAAUCAGUAUUCCCGGGCUUACAUACGGGUGGAGGAGUACGAUCUACGAAGAAGCUUCUCCAAAAGUCCUAGUAGGAGUCCUGGCUAUUCAAGGAGUAGGAGUCCUGGCUAUAGCUACAGCAGCAGGAGCAGGAGUGCUUCUCCAAGGGCCAGAUACUCUCGUCGCUCUCCAUCUAGAUCUCUCUCAAGGUCUGUUUCAUCAGGGGCUCUGUCUGACUCCCCUCGUUAUGUUUCAAGAUCUCCAAGGAAAUUUAGAAGCCCAAUACUAUCUCGCCGCAAAUAUGCAAGCAGAAGUCCAAGCCUUAGUAGGAGCCGCAGCAGGAGCAUCUCUGGAUCUCUAUCUCCUGUGAGAUCUGAUUGAAGCUGAUUCAAGCUCUACCUGGCUGACUUUAAAUGAGGGUUCUACGGAGCAGACUUAGGACCCAAUCAUUUGUUCCCUGGGAUUUGGAUUAGUAAUAUUGUGUUGCGGCUUUUGCAAGGAACAUGCUGUCACCUUCAUCCCCCCUUCACAGAACUUACAUGACGUAUGAAUUUGGCCUGAUAAAUAUGUAUACCUUAUGAUGUGGAGAUUGAUUUUCGCAUUAGAACUUCUGAUUACUGUGUCCUCUCUUGUCGGCGCUCUCAUUUUCCUUCUGCAUAUCCUAUCCUUAUAUAUUAUGGUUGUCGUCUUACGCAUCAAUGGGUAUAUAUAGCGCUGUUGCUUUUAUUGA